AAAAUUUUUGUGGGACUUUGUUGAACCUGACCCUCCUCGGUCCUUACACUUCCCGCUCUCAGGUUUCACGCCGAGAACAGAAAAAGAGAGCGGCAAGAAAAUGGAGUGGGAUCAACCCUUGACUGACGAAGAUAUCCAAGCCAUCGACGCCGCCAUCCAAUCCGCUCCUUCCUCCUCUCACAGCAAGAAACGACGAUCUAGCCCUGACGCGCGAAACGGCCCCGAAGAAUCAGACCCCCCCAAAACUUUGCGCCAAUUGCCGAGUUCCCUUCUCGCCCUCCAACAUCCAAAUCCACUUCUGUCCCCUUGUCAGGCGAAUACGAGGAUGAGAUACCCAGUGAUGAAGUUUGGGGGUCGCAUUUUGUACAGCCGGACAUCCAUAGAGGUAGAAAAAGCUGCAAAGGAGCUUUUGAAGAAUCUCGAAUUGGAGAAAAGAGAAUCGGGUCAAGUCGUUCUUGGACUUGAUAUCGAGUGGCGACCCACUUUUAAAAAAGGUGUCGCAUCUAGGAAGGCUGCGGUUAUGCAGAUAUGUGGGGACACUAGUCAUUGCCAUGUGAUGCAUAUUUUUCAUUCUGGGAUUCCUCAAAGCUUGCAAUUUCUGCUUGAGGAUCCUACACUCUUGAAGGUUGGAAUCGGCAUUGGUAGUGAUGCUGCCAAGAUUUUUAAAGAUUAUUGUAUAUCCAUAAAAGCUGUGGAGGAUCUUUGUUGUCUAGCAAAGCAAAAGCUUGGCGGACAUUCCCAGAAAUGGGGUCUUGCAUCCCUAACCAAGAUGCUUAUAUCCAAAGAGCUUCGUAAGCCCAACAAAAUUAGGCUGGGAAAUUGGGAGAAAAUUCUAACGAAUGAGCAAUUAGAGUAUGCUGCCACAGAUGCUUUUGCUUCUUGGUAUCUCUAUCAGGUCUUGAAAGGCCUGCCCAAUUCGGAAGAAGAAGUUGCUGCUGACAAAGGAAUUGAGGAGUUGGAAGGCGUGAAAUCAUAAUGAUAUUUGCCGUUUAUAUCAGAUGGGAGUUUUGUUCGGCACAAACAUACAAAACGACAUCAUUUUAUUAAUCUUUUACCAUUCUUGUCGGAGCAGUCGUGUUUGUUUCCGGCGUUUGUUGCCUUGGAUGCUUCAAAUUGUUAUCUGGAUAUGAGGAUCAAGUAAUUCAUGCAACAAUUUCAUGAUCA